AUGGUAAAGUGGUCAAAGUCAGAAGACAGAAUUCUCCUCCUCGCUGCGCAAAAGUACGGUCUGUCACACCUCCACAAAAUAUCAACGCUUUUAUCGCGCUCACCGUCAGCGUGCUGUGCACGUUACAACCAUCUCACCAAAAAAAAAGAAUGGACACGAUCGAGCGAUUUACAGCUAAUCAGAUAUGCAAAAAGUAUGCCCAACCAAUUUAACAGUAUUGCUAGUCUGAUGGGUACUACUGCAACACACGCACAGGAGCGUCUCGAUUGGCUGGUUAAAAGCGACGUAGAUGCGUUCCGUUACGAUGAGCUGUGUGAGGAUACACGUGAUGAAAAAGAACGUAUGAGUGCUGAUAAAGAACUGAUGAUAAAUGUCAGGCUUGGUAACGUUAGGGACAGAAAGGAGAUGAGAAAGGAAUUCAUUGGUGCUAGUGAUGCAACAAAGGUUAGACUAAGGAAUAAGAGCAUCAUCGACAAAAUAAUGUGUAAGAAGAUCAGAUGUGCGAAUAUUCGUGAAAUAAUUGCCAACAUGCCAGCACCAAAAAAUUCGUAGUUAUAGAACGGUUGAGUGCGUGUGGCAACGGCCUUAAAUUGGUCAUGUACAUUUUCUACGUAGGUGUUUCAUGUAGCAUAGCAUUCCAUUGCUGAAUGUUGACUUGGUUUAUUGUUUAUGCUUUCUGAGUAGAAAGCUAUUGCAGAGCACUGCUCAAAGUGCGAUAAACACGUUUAAAAUAAAAAAUGUAUGAAACGGA